ACCUUUGGAUUUAAUAAAAAAUAAAUAAAUUAGGCUAUAAUUGGUCACGUGUAUCUAUAAAUAAAUACAUGUUCGCUUUGGGUUCAAUACUGAAAUAGUAUAGGCCUAUACAUAAUUGUGUUAUGCAUAUAUAUGUGCCAAUUACAGUAGUGAUGCAUAAAAUGCAAAACAACAAAAAAGGUACAGUUUCGAGCUUCUGCCACAGUUCCCGAUCAAUACCAUUGUCUUAUUUUGGUUAAUCACGCGCCUGAUUAGUUAAGUUUAAUGGGUCAGUGGCGGUUUGUGUAUUACUGUGUCAGCAGAGCGCGCCCUGCGAAUGGGCGUGGCCUCGCCCCGGGAUUAUCCCGCCCGCCGCGCGCUGAUUGGCCGCCGCGGCCGUCGAUCACCGCGGAGGUUGCGCCCGUUAUCGGGGCAGAUUAUGAAGCAGCGGCGUUCAGCAUCACCUCCGACAGACUCAUCUGGAUGGAUACAUGGCAUCAACGUGGCGCCCGGUGUCCCUCGCGUUGUUUUCCCUGGUUUUCCUGCGGAUCUCCUCGUCUCGCGAGCAGCGCUCUGCCUUCGCGGGAGGAAGCUCAGAUGACGCACCGUCCCAAGACGUCAGAGUCCAACAAAAUGUGCCGGACGCUGGCGGCUCGGUGUUUGCGGCUGAAGAGCGUCUCGGGCGAGCUCUGCAGCCGUACGGGUGGCAGCUUCACGCUCCUCCUCGCAGGAAGUUGCUUCAGUCUCCGGGAAUGUUGCCCUAUUCUCCCCUGAGCGUUUCUUACAACGGAAAGACCUGCAUCCUCUUCAGAGCCCGCAAACUGGCCAUCAGGUACAGGAACCACAGCUUGGUGGAUCUCACCGAGAGGACCUUCAGCCCAGACGCACCGGUGGACACCAAAGGCUCCUUCUGCAGCAAAGACAAAGCCAUACUCAAUCUACGCUUCGGCGACGUGGAAGAUCUAAGAGGCCUCUCUAUCAGGCUACAGAUGUCCAACACCUUCUACGAGUCGGCGGGGCAGAACUGGUUCACUCUCGAUAACGUUUACAUCCAUUACAACUGGACGUACGAGGCCACGUUCAACGCCACAGAUGUCUACGCGCCCUCCACCAACUCCUAUCACUGCCAGCACGUCAGCAGCCUGCAGAAGUACGACACGCUGCUGCUGCCCAGCGCCAACACCGACCACGCCGCUAACUGGCACAUAACCUUCACCGACUUCCAGAUCCAGGCGUUCAACGUCCAGUCCAGCAAGUUCGCGGCGGCCAGCGACUGCGCGACCUUCUUCACCCCCAUCCUCAUGGGCCUGAUCACGUCUCUGAUCCUGCUGCUGGUGCUGGCCUACGCCCUGCACAUGGUGGUUCACCUGAAGCACAUCGACCGCUACGAAGAGCACAAGACCACCGUCUACUUCCCGCGCAGCGCAGAAGCGGAGAGCACAGAGAAGAGCAACCUCUAGGGCCCCCGCGCGCGAGAGACGGACACCUCUGCGGCCGCGAGCUCCGGGGCCCAUCCGCACGGAGCACCGGAGCCGUUUAGGACUGACUGCGCCACUGCAGUGGCUUCAUUGUGGUGGGACAGUGGAAGUCCGAAUCGGGAGCUUUACAGACUAGGGAGCGAUCGGCCAAAUUAAACAUUCGGCGGGCGGAAGGAGGUCCGAACGCGUUUCGAGAAGAGCACAAUAAUCGAUAUAUCUUGCAUUCGCGUCGUCGGCCUUGGCUUCCGUUUGACCGCUGAGGACCAGAUUUAACUUCAGUGCUGACGCGUCUUUGAAGUCAACAUGAAACGGUGUUUCGCGAGCGGCCUACGGGUGCGACUGUGUAUUUUUAUUUCAUUUUUUUGGCGAAUUAAAUAUCUCGAUUGUCUGUAACCGACUGGGUGGUGCACAUAUCAAGAAAAUUGUUACCUUUUUUUUUUUGUUUGUUAACAAUUCUGAAUUUAUAUGAGAGAAAAAAAAACUGGAUUGCUAAAUAUAAACAUCUUGAUAUCUUGCGAUUUUUACUUUUUAUUUAUUUUUUAUUUUUUUCUCUCGUAAUUCCGUCUUUUUUCUCUUAAUUCUGUGUUUUAUAUCUCGCAAUUCUGGGUUUAUUUCUCUCGGGUCUUUAGUUUAUGUCGCAAUCGUGUGUUUAUGGCUGAGUUUAUAUCGCAAAUAUGCUUAUAUCGCAAUUCUGACUGUAUCUUUCGUAAUUCUGAAUUUAUAUCUCAGCUAUAAGUUAAUAUCUCACAAUUCUUAUAGUUUAUUUCUCACGAGGCUUUAGUUUGUAUCGCCAUCAUGUGUUUAUAUCACAAAAAUUUGCUUAUAUCGCAAUUCUGAGAUCAUCGUUAUGAUCUCAUAAUUAUGUUUUUAACUCAAUUUAGAUUUUUUUUUCUGAAUUUAUAUCUCAGUUAUAAGUUAAUAUCUCGCUAUUCUUCCAGUUUACGUUUAUAUCUCGCAAUCAUGUGUUUAUAUCGCAAGGUUUAUAUCUCGAAAUUUAUAUGUUUAUAUCUCAAUUAUGGGUUUAUAUCUCACAAUUAUGUUUAACUCUAUGUGUUUAUGUCGCACGAUGCCGUUUUCAUAUUGCAAUUUUGUUUUGCAAGGGAAAAAAAAAGUCUGAAUCGAGAGAUAUAAAAUCAGAAUUGCUAGGAAAAGUAAUAAAAAGUCACAAUUUUUUUAUUAUUUUUUCAUUCUGUGAUGAAAACAAGCUUCCUCGGGACGCACAGUGAAUCACAAUAAACCCGGGAAUGCGCAUCAAGACAGUAUUUUGAUUUCAUGUUGACUUUAAAGUGUUAAACUGUGAAUAAACCGUUACGGUGACAAUGUAAUAUACUUUUAAUUUGCGGAAACGGAUGAUUGCGGAUCUCCCCACCGAUUGCGAAGUUGCUGCCGAUUAGCAAAACCUAAAACUCGAACGAACGAAACGUGGUUUGAAUCCAGCGUGUGACCAGCAAACGGAUGCGGUUCCCCUCGAGGAGUUGCAUAAAAGAUCACGAGGAAAUCAUUCGAUUAAUUACCGAUGUUAUUUUGGGAAUAUGUAUUUUUAAAACGGUUGUGUUAUGGUAUUUUUGUGCAGGCCGUGUGUCAACUCUGGUUUUGUAACAUCUCGUUUUAUUUCUUAUUAGUCUUUUUGUGUGUGUUUUUGGCUGCGGUGAAGAGCGGCGUCUUAUUACUUGGAUUUUGAAUCGACCGAAGCUAAACAGCGGUGGAGGCAACAUUACGUUUGUUGUAGUGAACAAGCAGCAUGCCGGUGGCUGGAGACAUUUCUGAACCAGAACAAUCAGAUGGUUUGCUUUGUACUAUGUACUGUAUAUUGGUAAUAAUCAUAAUGUGCUAAAUAAGGGAUUUUCUUUUUCAUGUACACGUGUAUUUGGGAACAUAUUAAAUAGCUUAACUUUGUUCAGCGGACAUUUGCGCAGAUGAAAUGGAGAGAUGUGACAUGGGCUACGAUGUAUUAAUGUUUGACGAUGAUUAUUAUUAUUAUUGUCCUCGGUUGAGUUCAAUAAAACCAGCGGCACAGUUAUGUUGCAAAAUUA